CAAGUUUCUUCUUCUCUUAACUUCACUUAUCUCAAUCAAAAUCAUUCAAGAUGUUUCCCCUUUUCAAGAAGAAGCAAAAGAUUAAGGGAACAGUGGUGUUGAUGUGCAAGAAUGCAUUGGAUUUGAAUGAUAUUAAAGCUGGCCCUUCACUUGGAGCUGGAUUUGGUCUUGUUAGAGACGUUGUUGGUGGUGUCAUUGAUGGUGCUACUGCUAUCUUAGGCCGUAGUGUUGGCCUCCAGUUGAUCAGUGCCACCAAAACUGACAGAAUGGGAAAUGGGUUUGUUGGAGAUCAGUUCUUUCUGGAGAAACGUAUUCCUUUUUUACCAACCUUGGCAGCAAGACAAGAUGCAUUCAGUGUUUAUUUUGAAUGGGAUAAUGAUUUUGGAAUACCAGGUGCAUUUUACAUUAAAAAUUAUACACAAGGUGAGUUCUACCUUGUCAGUUUAACUCUUGAAGACAUACCUGGUCAUGAUUCCAUUACAUUUCUUUGCAACUCAUGGGUUUACAAUGCUAAACAAUAUCGCAAGGACCGAAUUUUCUUUGCCAAUAAGCCAUACCUUCCACAUGAAAUGCCAGCUCCACUAGUUAACUACAGACAUGUAGAAUUGGAUACUUUAAGGGGAGAUGGAACAGCAAAGCGUGAGGAAUGGGACAGAAUCUAUGAUUAUGAUGUUUACAAUGAUUUGGGAAAUCCAGAUAAGAGUCGAGACCUUGCUCGUCCGAUUCUCGGAGGUUCUUCUAAAUUUCCCUAUCCUCGUAGGGGAAGAACCUGCAGAAAACCGACCAAAACAGAUUCUGCGAGUGAGAGACCAGCAACUGAUACUAACUAUGUCCCAAGAGAUGAAGUUUUUGGUCACUUGAAGCAAGCUGACUUCCUUGGAUUUGGAUUGAAAGGUUUAAAUCAAAAUGUGAUACCUAAAUUUCGCAAUUUUUUUGACUUCGACAAAGAGUUUGAUAAUUUCGAAGAAGUUCGUUGCCUCUUCGAAGGAGGAGUUAAGCUACCGACAGAUAUCAUCAGUGCUAUUAGUCCCAUAGCAAUGGUGAAGGAAAUCUUCCGAACUGAUGGUGAAAAUUUCCUCAAGUAUCCACCUCCCCAUGUCAUUCAAGCUGAUAAGUCUGCAUGGAUGACUGAUGAAGAAUUUGCAAGAGAAAUGCUUGCUGGUGUAAAUCCAUGUGUGAUUCAAAGACUUCAAGUGUUUCCACCCGAAAGCAAGCUAGAUCCCAAUGUCUAUGGAGAUCAAACUAGUACAAUAACAAAAGAACACUUGGAGAUUAACACGGAUGGACUCACAGUAGAAAAGGCAAUUCAAGACGAGAGGCUAUUCAUUUUGGAUUACCAUGACGCAUUCAUGUCAUACUUGAAGUAUAUAAACAAACCUAUUCCAAAGUCUUAUGCCACUAGGACAAUCCUAUUCUUGAAAGAUGAUGGGACUUUAAAGCCAUUGGCCAUCGAACUAAGUUUGCCACACCCAGAUGGCGAAAAAUAUGGAGCUGUGAGUAAAGUGCUGUUGCCUCCAGAAGGACAUGGUGUUCAAAGAACAAUUUGGCAAUUGGCCAAGGCGUAUGUAGUUGUAAAUGACGCCUGCUUUCACCAACUCAUGAGUCACUGGUUGAAUACACAUUGCGUGAUUGAGCCAUUCAUCAUAGCUACAAAUAGGUGUCUCAGUGUGGUUCAUCCUAUUCAUAAGCUUCUACAGCCUCACUAUCGUGACACAAUGAAUAUCAAUGCACUUGCUCGGAGUUCAUUGAUCAGUGGAGGUGGCAUUAUAGAGCAAGCAUUUUUGCCAGGACCGUACGCUGUUGAGAUGUCGUCUGCAGUUUACAAGGAUUGGGUUUUUCCUGACCAAGCACUACCUGCUGAUCUUAUCAAGAGAGGAAUGGCUGUUCAGGAUGCCAGUGCACCCCACGGACUUCGCCUAGUGAUAAAAGACUACCCUUUUGCUGUUGAUGGAUUAGAGAUAUGGGAUGCUAUUAAGGCAUGGGUGAAAGACUAUGUUAGUUUGUACUACAAGACAGACGUGGCCAUUCAAAGAGAUGCUGAGCUCCAAGAGUUUUGGAAAGAAGUCGUAGAGAUCGGUCAUGGUGAUCAUAAAAAUAAGCCUUGGUGGCCUGAGAUGAAUUCGAUUAACGAGUUGGUGGAAUCCUGCUCAAUAAUCAUAUGGCUUGCAUCCGCUUUCCACGCAGCUGUCAAUUUCGGACAAUAUCCUUACGGUGGUUUAAUCUUGAACCGACCAACUAUGACAAGGAGGUUAAUUCCUGAAAAGGGAACCAAAGAAUAUGAAGAGAUGGAGAAAGAUGACCAAAGGGCUUAUUUGAGAACAAUCACACCAAAGACCGAGGCUCUCAUUGACCUUACGGUGAUAGAGAUAUUGUCAAGGCAUGCUUCUGAUGAAGUUUACUUAGGGAAAAGAGAGAAUGAUGAAUGGACAGCAGAUGAAAAGGCAAGAGUAGCCUUCAAAAGGUUUGCAAAGAAGAUGGAAGACAUCGAGAAAAAAAUUGAAAGCAGAAACAAAGAACCAGAUUUGCUUAACCGAACUGGCCCGGUUAAGAUGCCCUACACUUUGCUUUUACCUACCAGUGGAGAAGGCUUGACUUGCAGAGGAAUUCCCAAUAGUGUUUCUAUCUAAGGAUCUCUUUAAGCUACCCUACAAGUAUUGUUGCUGCAACUUUCAAUAAAAUACAUAGAUGAGACUGAUCUUGUCUAUGUACAUAUAUGUUUGUUUGUUAAUCAAAUGUUGUAUUUUGGUGUUCUAGAGUCUGGUUUUCUUUUUCUGUAACCUCAAAUAACACAUGCAUAGAUGAACAUUGGUUUAUUUAUGCAUGAAUGUCCUGUUUAUGAUCAAAUAAGUGUGAUUUAUCAUAGUUAAGUA